GAGAAGCACAAGAAACACGGUUUCCACUUCCACUUCCGCUUCCCCUUUUCUUUCCAUUUUCACUCACACUGCCAUCAUCAUGAGAGGGAGGAGAGGGAGAUGGAGAUGGAGAUGGAGAUGGAGAAACAGUUUGAGCCACGCAUCGCUGCAGAAGAGAUUCCAUAUGGUGACGACAUGAUCAAGGCUAGGACGGCAGGGUUUCUUGACGAGAAGCGUGUUCAUCAUCACAAGGCAGUUGGGGAAAGUGAAGGGAUGAUGAGAUUCGAGGAAGGCAAGAAGAAGUUCCAUAAGAAGGGAUGGAAGAAAGACAAGGAAGAUGGUGAAGGGAUGAUGAUGAGAUUCAAGGAAGGUAAGAAGAAGUUUCAUAAGAAGGAGUGGAAGAAAGAGAAGGAAGAUGGUGAUGAAGGGGUGAUGAGAUUCAAGGAAGGCAAGAAGAAGCUUCAUAAGAAGUGGUACUGAAAGAAAGAGGAGGAAGACUGUCAAGGGGUGAUGAGAUUCGACGAAGGAAAGAUGAAGCGCCAUAAGAAGGGGUGGAAGAA